AGUACGAACAUAGUACUUGUGUUCAUGUAUGACGUAAAAUUAGAUACUAACUAUUGUUAACUAUUUUAAGCUUACUAUCGCUUUAUUACAGACAUACACUGAGUCGUGCAAUAUAUAGAACCAUGCAAUUUCAAUUUUACAGCUGGGCGUUUUACACAAGUAUAUGUCUAGGCAACAAUUUGCAGAAGAAAAAAAAUCGGACUGCAUUCUAUUAACGGAUUUAUUUAUUUGUGAAGUCAUUGUGUCACAUGAUAACAUGUAAACAAUACUUGUACUGAAUAGACUUCAUUUAUUUAAUAGUCAAUACUUUGACGACAUAUUUUAAGACGGAAAAUGGAUGGGAUUUUACGUUUGAAACUGUAAACUGCACGAAGAUCUGUUUUAAAUGACAUACAUAUAUGUGCGAGUAAAUUCUGGUGCUUUAAUACACAGUUAUAUGUUAACGUAGGCUGAACGUGUAUUAUUACAUAUAAAAUUACCAAACAAUAUUUCAACACGAUAUGAAUUUACAAUGCAAGUCUCAUGUUAAUUUGAUAAGAAUAGAUUUCAUAUGAUACAGAUCAUUACGAUAAUUAUAUCUUAACGUUUAUUCGGAAGUGCUCUGUAGAGAUGUAUGGAGUAAUGAACCAGUCAAUGAACUGCGAUGGGAACACAUAUGUUCCCACAUCAGCAGACAAACUAAAGUGCUCAAUCAUCGUUAUAGUCAUGAUACUGAUUGUAGCCGGAAACGUCUGCUGCCUGGUAGUUUUCAACCACCCAGACAGCCGAAAGCUGUUCAUGAAGCGCGUACGCUACAUAAUGACGUCAAUGUGUUGCACGGACCUCGGUAUCGGAGCGCUGGUGUGUCCCUCCACCAUCUAUCCUGCGCUGUACCAUUGUUGGCCGCCAGGGAACACUAUCUGCCAGAUCGAAGCGCUGCUCAUAUCCGCUCUCUUCCACGAGUCGACCUUGAACAUGGUCGUCAUCGCCAUCGACCGCUACUGCGUCGUCCAUUUCCGUUGGUACAACACGUACAUGAACUCUCGCCGCUUCCUCUUGGUCAUCCUCGCGACCUGGGUCAUCGUGUUUAGCUGCUAUGCACUGGUCAUUUUUGUCUGGAAGCAGUAUUACUACGACGAGUUCGGCAUAAACUGCGAGCCAUUCUACGAGAACGCGACGGUGACGCUGACCGUGCUGAGCAUCUUCUACUUCCUGCCCACAGUCAUAUUUGUCUUCUGCUAUGUGUCCAUCUUUGUGACCGCAAACAGGAGAAAGGUUUUCACUGUCUCGUCUGAUGAAAAGUAUGGGCGGAUGGUCAACGCCAACAUCAGGACGUCCAAAUACUUAGCGGCCAUCACGGCCGGCUUCUUCCUGGCGAUAACCCCGUGGACGCUUAUGACGCUAAUCAUAGUGGCCGCUAAAAUCAACAUCGACCACGACAUUGACUACGCGAUCACUUGGCUCGCGCUUAGCAACAGCUUCUGGAACUGUCUUAUAUACGGCGUCAUGAACAGGAAGUUCAGGCGAGCAGCAUUGCGGGUGUUCCUGGGGCGGUUGAUGAAGUCUCUGAACGUUUGGUCGACGGAAAAGUCGGUGGACAAGUCCACAGACGACUUUGAAGAGGGUAACUCCUCUACGUAUUCUAAGUAUAAACGCCGGACAAUGAACAAGAAGACUUGCAUACAAGGUGUAGGAAGCAAGGCUAGCACCAGCCCUAUGCACUCCUCGUUGCCGUCGCCUUCAACUACGCCGCUUGUUCAGCGAAAGGCGAUGGACGACCAACCGAAACGCAUGGAUAAUAAAUCACUUGUUUUGAGCAUAAGACAUGUGAAUACAAACUCCACAGAGACAACGGUCAUGUAGCUGGAGUGCCUUAUUUGGCUUUAGAAAUCCUUUACUAAAGAAGAUUUGUAAAUAAUCUAGAUAUGUUCACAGGUACCUGCAGCUGAUGCCAUGUGUAAAUACAAUACAUACGCCCCGGUGAGUCCAUGCAUAUGCAAUCACAUAAUCAUUUGGUAUGAAUCUCAAGUAUACAAUCGAUACACGAUCAGGCUGUCCGGUAAGCGCAGUGGUUGUUACACGCGCCUCUGACCUAGGCAACCCUGGUUCAAUUACCGUUAUCUGCACGUAUGAGCUUGGUUGGUGGUCAUCAUACCGGACAGAUGUGAUGUCCUUGGGCUAAUCUUGUUUCCUCGCACACCGCAAGGCCACUGCAAAAAGCCAAUGCCUUUCAUUCAAAAAUAGCUGGAAAUCGCAACUUUAUUAAAAUGUGUCCAUACUUUUGUGUAUCUAGUAAUUUAAUUAUGUAGGAGGGGUGGAACACAUUCCGGAUGCGAGGUGCGAGUGGACUUCAAGAUACAUGAACGAUCAUUUUUUGUCAUACAUGUCAGUGUAUGUUAAUGAAUGAGUUUAUAAAUGAAACUAUGGUAUUUUAAACAAUAACCGUGCGUAAAAAUAAUUGUUAUAAUAUGGAUAUAAAGAAAUGCAAAAUCAAAAUAGUAUGAAAACAAAGCCAUUGCAUCAAAUAGGCGCAAUUUAACAGUUUGUUUUGCGACACAAGUAAAACCAUGUAAGGCAUAAUCGAAUCUGCAAAUGAAUGAUUAAAUCAUAUCAAUUAUUCACGUAUGUAAAGAGCUUUAUUUUGAAUUGUACACGGUAAUUGACCUAUACACAUGUAUAAUGACUAAUCUAUGAUUUUAAAACAUCUCAAUGAUAGAACCAAUCAACUGUUCCGUGGUCCAUAAUUGUAUGUCACACGCGUUUGUACAUGACUUAACCAUAACUUCACAAGCUAGUUCUCCAUACAAGCUAUAUCCAACGUUAAUCUAUAACCGAACGUCAAAACAGCGGUCCGCCCGUCGUACCCUCAUACAAUAACCAGACUUUGCAUCUUCAUUGAAAACGUGGUUAAAAGGGAAAUGUUUUUGCUCUUUAUACACCUAAGUUAUUAUUAAAUGCCAUAGGAACCAUUAUACAAAACAAAACAGAACAUUAUGGUAUGUAAAUUAAACAAACACACAGUUAUUUGAAGUUGGAAUAAGUCAUCAACGUCUGAACAAUUCUUUAUAUGCAGUUUUACUAAUUGUUUUUAUAAAUAUUGACAACGUAUAUGUAACAUAAUCCUCAGAAUUCAUAACUGUAUUGUUUACAUGGAUGCUUUAUUUAUUUAAAAAAAUCCCUCCAAUAUCACACUGUCAUUACGUGCAGGAACACAGUUUGAAAAUACAAUAAACAUGAUAAAAAUCGCUAUAACUGUUUUAGGAAAAGGCAAUUGAACAGUGCUAACUAUUCUAAAAAUAAACACAUAAAUAUUAUAUAAAUGUAUUCAGAACAUGAAAGAAACAGUUUUGUGUGAGAAAGUCACAAACGUAAUGUAUAUUAUAAGUCUAAUAAAUGUUGUAAAUUAA